AUGGCUCACUUUUUUCUCGGGCAAGAAAUGUCGGCUUGCUUAAGCAGCGGCGGCGGAGGAGCCGCCGCAUAUAGCUUCGAGUUAGAAAAAGUGAAAUCGCCACCGUCAAGCUCAUCCACGACGAGAGCUACAUCGCCGUCAUCAACAAUCUCCGAAUCCUCAAAUUCGCCGCUCGCAAUCUCAACGAGAAAGCCAAGAACGCCGCGAAAGCGGCCCAACCAGACUUACAAUGAAGCGGCGGCUCUUCUCUCCACCGCUUAUCCCAACAUCUUCUCUUCCUCCUCAACCACCAACAACAACUUGUACGCUAAGAAGAAGACUCACUCGAGUUCCCAGUUCUAUGGGUUCGUUAAAUCUCCACUUCUCAGUGAUAACGACGAAGCUUCCGAGCUGCUUCUUCCCUUCGAAUCAAUCGAGGAGCCAGAUUUUCUGUUUCACCCGACGAUUCAAUCGAAAUCGGAUUUCUUCUUCGAGCAGAAGGAGGUGAAUUCCGGAGGGAGUAAUAAUGGUGGUGCGGGUGGAGAAAUCGACGAAUCGGAGGUGAACCGGUUUGAUUUUUCCGACGAAUUCGACGCGGAGUCGAUCCUGGAUGAAGAAAUCGAAGAGGGAAUCGAUAGUAUAAUGGGGAGUGUCGAAUCAAAUUCCGGAGACAUUCUCGAAUCAAAGGUUCCGGGAAUCAAUCGUGGCAACCGAAUUGGCCGGUUAGAGCAGAUUCUGAUGAUGAAUCCAUGGAAUCGAAGCUCCAAGGGAUUCAGAUUCGCCGGGAAUUUUCCAUUGGGGCUUGGAUUGAGAAGCGCUCUCAGAGAAAACGACGACGCAAACAGGUGGAAAAUCCACACAGUCGAUUUCGAACAGAUCUCGCCGCGAAUCCAAACCACCGCAACCGCAAUCGCAACAGCCGCAGUCGAUGAAGAGAAAUCGGAUGUUAAAAAGUCGAUUGGAGAGAAGAGCAAGAAGAAGAAGAAGAAGAAAGUGGCGGCGGCGGCGACGCCUCUGACGGAACCGAAGAGCGCAGAAUCGAGUAAAGAAGAUACGGAGGAGAAAUCAGGCCGUCCGAUGUUGAAGCUCGACUACGACGGCGUUUUAGAAGCUUGGUCUGAUAAAGCGUCGCCGUUCCCCGAUGAGAUUCUGGGAUCGGAAGCCACAGGAGCCGACGUCAAUGUAUGUAACACUUUCCUUCUCUAA